UCGCAGUCGGCACUCACAGAGCUAUGACAGUUAGCCGGUGAGUUACGGCAGAAGGGUGAUCAGUGACGCAAAUGAUACAUACAUUUCAUGCUACCUACAGUUCACGAAGAAACUGAAAAUUUAGUCAGUUACAGGCCUGCUAAAUCCAGUGAAGUUCUAAUACAGGGAUUAGAAUAUCCCCUGGACAUAACUAGUUUGGUGUUGGGUUAUAGUCUUCCUUGUUCAUCUUCUUCCUUCGCAACUAGAAAACCAGGAAGGAUGGAAGGUUCGCGUGCCAAUGGGGAAUCCUCGUCAAUGUCCCCGCGUCCUGAAACCAGCGGUGAACCGAAAGCGAAUGGUGAACCUCGUCCAGUCUCCGAAGGAGCCUCUCCUGAGAAGAGCGCAAGUGAUAAGUCGCCUAGCCCUACCAAGAACGGCGGGCCUGAUGACCCUGAGGUGAAGCCGCGCCAGAACGAAGAGACGCAGCGCGCCUCUGGCCGUGAACGAGAGAACCGAGAUGGUGCACGGAAGAACAGAAAUAGCAGGAGCAGCAGCCGAAAAUCGGAUAAAAGUAAGAAAUGGUGGGUUUGUCCAGAAGCGGAAUGUCGCGCACGCAAUUCCAUCGACGCUACGACCUGCACAAAUUGUGGUGUUCAGCAGAUAAACAAAUCAACGAGUCGUCAUAUGUACGCUCGCAACUGGGAGAAGACGCGCGUGUCGGGGCUGGUAGUGACGCACGUUACCUCCCCAACCACCGUCUACAUCCAAACACCUCAGCAGCAGCACGACUACGCUCGUCUCCGCAACUGCAUGGCUAUGGCUUACGCCAGUGCCUCGUAUCGACCUUCCCUUGUAGCCGCUAACAUGAUGUUGGGCAUGAAGUACGGAGACGGCUACGAACGCGUGCGCACGGAUCAAAUUGUCCCAGAUAAGCAGGCUCAGGCAGCUGAUCUCAAUGCUAACUCUACUCCACAGUCGGAAGCCAAUUCAGAGCCCGUCAAGCUGGAGCAAAAAUCCGCUCCGUCGUCGCCAGGUGGAGGCACUUCCCUGAAGUGGCGCGUGCAGCUCGUGGAUCGUGGCAGCUGGUGUGAGGCGCUGGAGGACGACUUCAACUUCCUCCUGUCAGGUCUUUCAGACCUCGCGCCCCUGGCCACAAAGUACUCCCUUAAUGAGCUAAGGCUCGCUCGAGGUGCUUCUGAGGCGCAGCUGGAGGAGAGCCGCGCGUGGCUGGAGCAAGAACUGUCAUCAGGCGUCAUCGAAGGCGACGUCUACAAGCAGACGCGCAACCAGUCAUCGGUGCUUUUCCUUGAUCUCUACAAAGGUGAAAAGCACAUCAACAAGGAGUUAUGCCGCUUUGCAGCUGUAGAGCCCAAAACUAACCUAAAAUGGCUCAAGCCUGACGCUGUCCGCGCUUCCACAUCCUCUUCCGUUGACGAGGGGUUGUCCGUCUCUCCGUCCGACUCCCAGCGACCCGAUGAGAAAGUAGACAAAAUUUCAGAAGUCCAAGAGUCUCAUUCCGUGGAGGUAGACGGUCCUCCUAAGGAACAACGCAAUAGGCGGGAACGAUCUCCUCGCGCGUCAAAGGACUCUACAUCAGAGGAUCACAAUGUCGUGUUCCGCGAGCCUGCAGCUCCUCGUCGUAAUGACGGUGCCAGCGGUGGCGGCCGUCGCGGCAAUCAAUGGGCCAACCGCAGGAACGGACGGCCGCGCCAACAGAAACUGCCUCCUCUCCAUGACUGGGCUGUCCUGUGCUUCGACCUGCGCACUCCUGCUCAUUCCAUCGCAACUUUGUGCGAGAUGGUAGAGCACGCGGGAAAGGAUAGCAGGGUCUCCAUCGCCGCCGCCGAUUCCAUUCAAAUGGAAAACUGCGACGACUCUGCCAUGGUUUCGGUGCUUGCGGAUAUGAUCGCCGCACAACCGCGUCUUCUCUUGCUGCUAUGCGUUCUACCUCAGCAUGUGCAGGACUACAGUGCGUUAGAGCGUACAGGUCGCAACCUCGGCGUGUGCGUAGUUUGCGUCAGGGGCGAGAGCAUUGCUGAUCCAACCCCCAACACGGCUACGAGGCUGCUCGCCGAUCUGCAGACGGCAAUGCUGAAUUCUCCUGCUAUACUACCCGAUCAGGGCUCUUUCAGCUACGGUGGAAGGCAACGACGAAGAUACAACAGAGACAGGAGGAACCAGAAAUCGUCUGUGACCACUCAGCGGAGCACCUCCCCGGGAUCGCAAACGCUGAUGAGCUUCACUCGUCAAGACGGAGGUGCCGACACUAGCCUGCAAGCUGUUCUGGGUGCAGCCAGUCAGGGCGUCUCUCUGCUCCACAAGCUAUCUCUGUCUAAUUCUCAGGGAGGAGAGACUUCGAAUGCCAAUACUGUGCUCCAGUCUUCAACAAGUCAACAAGAUAUUGUCAAGGCUAAGCGUAGCCUCGAAGAGUUGCAGGCAAAGCACAAGCAAGCUAAGGCCUACACCUACGAGGCCUUCCUAGCGGCCGCGGAAUUCUUCAGCCACCUUAGCCACGCGGUUGCUCCCAAUCCGUAGACUAAACUUGCGCACUACACUGCUUAGGGGGGUUGCCGGAAUCGUCGCUCCUCGCUCCACCAGAGUCCUUGACCGGCCAUCGUGCUUUCAAUUUUUAUUUGAACUCUGUAUUCGUACGGAAUAAGGUUUUGAGUUUUCUUGAUUUUCCAUACAUUGUUCGCGUUGGCCUGCAGGCCUGAGAUAUGCACAUUAUUCUCACGGUGAAAGAGCUUCUUUUUGAUUGUUCGUUGCUUUAAUGCUUGUUCUCUUUCUUGCCUUUCGUUGCGUUGCGAGAAGAGCUUCGUUCAUGACAGUGCAGUGGCUUCCUGUUGCGCCUAAAUGCUGAGGCAAGGUGCCGGGAGUUUACUUGCUGCUAAAAGUUUACUAUUUCUAGAUUAUGCCAGCCUUCGGCAGUAGUUCUGAUAGCUGCCUCCGGAAAACGUCAUUAUGAUUAGGGUUAACUGAAGCUGCGUCCUUGCUGUAGUCACGUUUAGACUUGUUUUGUAUUGCAGUACUUGAUGCGCUUCUUGAGACCACGUCUAGUUAGUCAGUGUGAAGGGGCUAGUAGAAAUAACAGCAAUACACAAAGGGCUGCUCUUUCCUUGUUGUUGUGUUGAAUGAACGAACUUUGUGCUUUGCUCUCUCCAGCUCUUGAAGCCUGUAUGAUUGGAUGGUGCCUCGCUUGAACUACGUAUUCUCAGAAUGAGAACGACAAACGAAUGAUUCUGCAUUCGCCCAUAAAUAAUAAAAUAGCCAAAUCGUU